AUGCCCAGUGCUAGUGGCAACAGGUUUUAUGACCUCUACUAUGCACCCCCAGAUUCAGCAGAGGCAGUGACCAGUUGCAGAUUGCUUUUUAGCUCCCACCAGUUGUUCAGCAUCAUAUCUAGUUCCAAUCACAGGCCGGGCGUACAGCAACAAAAUAUGCUGGCCUUUGGGAAAAACUCUUCCCUACUUUGGACAGACAAACCUAGUUCAAACUGUGAUACAGGAGGAAAAGGAAGAGAUAGCAGACAGGACCGAGUCAAACGACCCAUGAACGCAUUCAUAGUGUGGUCUCGUGAUCAAAGGCGCAAGGCGGCUCUAGAAAAUCCCAAAAUGCAAAACUCGGAGAUCAGCAAGCGACUGGGAUAUCAAUGGAAAAUGCUUACGGAAGCUGAAAAACAGCCAUUCUUCGAGGAGGCACAGAGACUACGCGCCUUGCACCGAGAGAAAUACCCGGACUAUAAAUAUCGACCUCGUCGGAAGGCCAAGAUGCCACAGAAAAGUAAAAAAUUACUACCCGCAGACUCCUCUUCAAUACUGUGCAGACAAGAGCACGUGGAUAUGAGGUUGUAUCCCAUUACUUACAAGGCCAGCUAUCCUGAGACCAGCCACUCACGCAUUCAGGACCAGUUAAGGCACUCACCACCCACCAACAGAGCCAGCUCCGUCCUGCAACAGAGCCAGCUCCGUCCUGCAACAGGAGCUCCACCGCAGCUCGAUAAGCCUGCGUUAACAAUCUGGUAA